AUGGAUGGAACAAGUAUGGAUGAAACGAGAACAGACGAAGACACCAAUGACGAAGUCAAUGUUCUCAUUUUCGACUAUAUCAUUUGCUUGGCUAUACACGCAGCCAUGGACGUGGCACAGGGUAACACAGGCGAGUGGGAUAUGUCCUGGCUCGAAGAUACUCUACGGGCUUUGCGAUCAGUGCUUCCGCCGAUAAAAGAGCUACCAGUGGAUCUUCAGAUAAAGGCCCAGGUAUUUGAAAUUGCUCGGGUGUUGAGCAAGGCAUCUUAUCCAGGGCCAGCGGAACUGGCGGAGAUGGCAAGCACAUUCGUGUCUACAUGUAACGCCAAAAAAGAAGACAUGCUAGCUCUACACGCGAUGGAGGUUGCGAGUCACAUUCGUAACGAGAGCAGCCAAACAGCUGUCGUUAAUAGUCUCCUUUCCGUCAUGCAACUAUUAGCGCCGCCCAUACUCAUACAGCUCGAAAGAGGGCGACUCGAGGGCUUGAACCGGAACGAAACGCAACAGCUGAAGCGAAGGAUAGGCAUGGUAUAA